GAAAAUUUUUCAAUUAUCCUUAAAAAAGAUUUUAUUUUACUAACAAAAAAUUGUAUUUCAUGAAAAAACAAAAAUUUAAAUUUCAAGAAAUUUUGAUCAUUCCUUUCUCCCAAACGCCGCUUAACCAUAGAAUUGGGGAUUCCAUCCAUUUCUCUAUCCUGCGUUUUCAGAACACUGAGAAGCAUAAAAAUGGCUACUCCCACCAAUUCUCUAAUUUCCCCCCAAUUCCUAUCCGGUGGAACCCUAAUUUUAAUCGCGCCCCGUAUCCCCAAAUCCUUUCGCUCCGAUCGGAAACUUCCAUUCCCAAAAUCAGCAGCUCUUAGCAAGAGCUCAAAUUCCAAGGCCGCUUUCACAGCUGCCGCAGCACUCGUCUUCUGCUCCGCCACUCCUCAAGCUUAUGCCGUCGAUGCUCCAGCUCCGGCAGCUCCGCCCGCACCGGUUCAGGCCGAAUUGCCCAAACCCAGCCCGUCUACUCCCUCCCCCUUCUCCCAAAAUAUUGUUUUGAAUGCGCCGGACCCGCUGACCCGACCCGCUUCCGACCUCCCUGAGGGAUCCCAGUGGCGUUACAGCGAGUUCUUGAAUGCGGUGAAGAAGGGGAAGGUCGAGAGGGUUCGGUUCAGCAAAGACGGGAGCUUUUUGCAGCUCACGGCGGUUGAUGGCCGGAGAGCUGCGGUGGUUGUUCCCAACGACCCGGAUUUGAUCGACAUACUGGCUAUGAACGGGGUGGAUAUCUCCGUCUCCGAAGGAGAAUCUGGGAACGGCCUGUUCGGGUUCAUUGGGAAUUUAAUCUUCCCGGCUCUAGCCUUGGGCGGGCUUUUCCUGCUUUUCCGGCGUGCCCAGGGCGGUCCCGGCGGACCAGGAGGACUAGGAGGCCCAAUGGAUUUCGGCCGGUCGAAAUCCAAGUUCCAAGAAGUGCCGGAAACAGGAGUCACAUUCGCGGACGUGGCUGGAGCAGAUCAAGCCAAACUAGAAUUACAAGAAGUGGUUGAUUUCUUGAAGAACCCAGACAAGUACACCGCCUUAGGGGCAAAAAUACCCAAGGGGUGUCUCUUGGUGGGCCCGCCCGGGACCGGGAAGACCCUAUUGGCCAGAGCCGUGGCCGGCGAGGCCGGCGUGCCGUUCUUCUCCUGUGCGGCCUCGGAGUUCGUCGAGCUAUUUGUUGGGGUGGGAGCUUCUAGAGUGAGAGAUUUGUUUGAGAAGGCAAAGUCCAAAGCCCCUUGCAUUGUGUUCAUAGAUGAGAUUGAUGCGGUUGGGAGGCAGAGGGGGGCUGGGCUUGGCGGGGGGAACGACGAACGAGAGCAGACUAUCAAUCAGCUCUUGACGGAAAUGGACGGGUUUUCGGGCAAUUCGGGUGUCAUAGUUCUGGCUGCUACAAACCGACCGGACGUUCUUGAUUCUGCAUUGUUGAGGCCAGGGAGGUUUGAUAGGCAAGUGACUGUGGAUAGGCCGGAUGUUGCAGGCAGAGUAAAGAUUCUUCAGGUGCACUCCCGAGGAAAAGCCCUUGCGAAGGACGUGGACCUAGAGAAGAUAUCAAGGAGAACGCCGGGCUUCACCGGUGCUGAUUUGCAAAACCUGAUGAACGAGGCGGCUAUUCUCGCAGCUCGGCGCGACCUCAAGGAAAUCAGCAAAGACGAGAUCUCUGAUGCUCUUGAGAGGAUAAUCGCCGGCCCCGAGAAGAAAAAUGCUGUUGUCUCCGAAGAGAAAAAGAAGCUGGUUGCUUACCACGAGGCGGGCCAUGCUCUAGUAGGAGCACUUAUGCCAGAGUAUGAUCCGGUUGCCAAGAUAUCUAUCAUUCCUCGUGGCCAAGCCGGGGGACUCACCUUCUUCGCGCCAAGUGAAGAGAGACUUGAGUCCGGGCUCUAUAGUAGAAGCUACUUGGAGAAUCAAAUGGCUGUUGCUCUUGGUGGAAGGGUCGCGGAGGAGGUCAUCUUUGGGGUAGAUAAUGUGACUACCGGGGCAUCAAAUGACUUCAUGCAAGUCUCCCGCGUCGCCAGGCAAAUGGUGGAGAAGUUUGGGUUCAGUAAAAAGAUUGGACAGGUUGCCAUUGGCGGAUCCGGAGGGAACCCUUUCUUAGGGCAACAGAUGUCGUCGCAGAAAGACUACUCGAUGGCAACGGCGGACAUAGUGGACGGGGAGGUGAGGGAGUUGGUGGAGAGGGCGUAUUCGAGGGCGAAACACAUACUCACAACCCACAUUGACAUACUCCACAGGCUUGCCCAGCUCUUGAUUGAGAAAGAAAGUGUGGAUGGUGAGGAGUUCAUGAGCCUCUUCAUUGAUGGCAAGGCUGAGCUCUAUGUUGCUUAGUCUCAUUUACUACAACAUCUUUUCUUCUUCUUCUUCUUCUUCCUCUUUCACUAUACACAGUACAAUACUCACUACUCAUAUUCCUGAAUCUUGUGUGUAUAUAUCUUGUGUAUACUCUUCCAACUUUACCCUUUUGGGUGUCCUAUAAACACUUCUUACUUUUAUUUCCUUUUUUAGUAAUGAAUAUGUGUGAAUUGUGUAAGAUUUCUCUCAUCCUAAUAGAUUUUAAUCAUACAG